UAGAAAUCAUGGCGGGAUUUACAGAUUCUGCUUUGGAGAAGAAAUUAUCUGAAUUAAAUAAUUCCCAACAAAGUAUACAGACUUUAUCAUUAUGGUUAAUUCAUCAUAGGAAACAUCACAAAACAAUAGUCCAAGUUUGGUUUAAAGAACUUAAAAAAGCAAAACCAAAUAGGAAGUUGACUUUUAUGUAUUUAGCAAAUGAUGUAAUCCAAAACAGUAAAAAAAAAGGGCCUGAAUUUUCUAAAGAAUUCAGCAAUGUUUUGAGUAAAGCAUUUGCUCAUGUGUGUGAAUGUGUUACAGACUCAAAGACAAGAAGUGGUUUGGAGAGAAUCAUAAAUGUUUGGGAAGAUCGGAAUGUUUAUGAUAGCACAAUUAUCUCUGGUCUUCGAUCUGCAAUGAAAAUUAAUUCUCCUCUUACUACAGGCAAAAAUAAUGAAAUAUCAAAUGAGAAGAAAAGGAAGACACCUGAAAGGAAAUUUAAAAAUUUUGAUAUUGAACCUGUUGCAAAAAAGAAAAAAAUUGUUGUGAAACAGGAACCUGAUCUUACAUCAAAACCUUUGUAUGGGGACCCACCUGAUGUAGAAGAAUUAAUCAAAGCCCUUCAAGAUUUGGAGAACUGUCCAUCAACAGAUGCAGUAGUUCGGGAAAAAAUAGCCAGUUUACCACCAGAAGUUUCUGAUAUUACAUUAUUAGAAAAAAUACAAAGUAGAGAAGCUGCUGAAAAAUUAACAAAACAAGUGGAUGAAGCAUGUGCAAUAUUAGCAGACUACAAUAAUCGUCUAAGCGAAGAACUUGAAGACCGAAAACAAGUGUCAAAGAUGUUGAGUGAUUUUACUCAUGCUCAGAGGGAACAAGUAGCUAUUGCAGAACGGAAGGUUGAAGAAUACAAAGAACAGUUGAAACGAGUGUCCCAAGUUCGAAAUGAGCUGAAAUCACACCUUCAAAACUUACCUGACCUAACACUUUUACCGAGUGUUACAGGAGGACUUGCACCAUUACCUUCUGCUGGUGAUUUAUUCAAUCAGUAAUAUUUACUGUGGGAAAAAAAGAAACAACGAGAGAAGCUGUGCAACUGAAAACACAUUGUUUUUCUUUUAUCAUCUUUGUUGUAUUCUGUUGCUGCUGGUAUUGGUAAAGAAUGCAUUUUAACUUGUGGCCGCUUCAUUUUGUUGACUUCAAUGACUCAAACUGCUUGAAGAGGCUAGAAAUUUGUACUUUCAGUUCCUUGAAUAUUAUAGAGAUUUCAAAUUUAUUAUUUUAUGAAGAUUUUAAAUUGUGAUAUGAGUACAUAUAGAGAGAGAGAUAGUAUAUGUAUGAUGCAUAAUACUAACAUCUUGGUGAAUGAGUUUUAAAAUUUUUCUUUUAUAUUGCUAAAUAACAUUAUUUCUUGAAAUAAAUAAAACAUAACAUUUGCAUCACAAUUAUGAUGCAAUUUGUUACUCUGUAAAAGUUUUGAAUUGAAAUGCAUUUUUGAAUAAUGUUAUAUAUGCAUUUUUAAUUAUGUAUAAAGUACAAAAUUAUAUUAUGGCUUUUUAGAAAUUGUAAAGUUUAAUUUUUGAAUAUGGAAACUGUACAAAAGUUACAUUAUAAUUUUUCAUAUGUUAUUCAGAUAUACCAUUGAGACAGAAUUACAAAUAAAUAUUUGUAAAAGUAAAAAAAUUUUAAUUGUAAAUUUAGUUAUUUAAAAUAAUGAGAUCUUUUCUCAUAAUAUAUACAUUCAUACACACAGGAGUUUGAUUUUCAAGCAGAGUUCAAUGAUCUGGUUAAUUACUUAAGUCUUCAAAGCACCAUGGAUCUUCCAUUAAAAACAAAACUGAUUGUUAGACAGUUUAUAAGGAUUAAAAAUUUUACUAAGAAAAACAAAUAUUGCUAUUAAUUCACUUAGUUAAGCAAUAUAAGUUAUACACUUUCCAUGCUGAAUAUAAUGCUGCCUCGCAAAUGCUAGCAGUUUGUCAAGCCAUAUGGAUGAUAAAUACCUUGAUAGCAAGGUUUAAAAAAUGGGAAGACAGUUGUAGAUGCUCAACAUUAGAUUAUUUUUUUAUCAUUGCAUUUUACUUUUUUUAAUCUAAGCAUUACUUCCAAGAACAUUCAUUAAAAAAUUGUUUAAUAAUUUUUUUUUUUUUUUUUUUUUUUACUGAGAUAUUAAAAAGAAAGUAGUUUACAGUUAAGAAUAGUUAAGUAAAUGAUCUGUGGAAUAUAAAUUGAGAAAUUACAUUUCAAGUGAUUCUAAUAGAAAAUGCCAUUUAAAAAACUGAGCUUUUUAAUUUUCAAUAUAAUUUGAAAUCCAUACAUUCUUCAUAAAAAUUUAUUUAUAAUACUUUUGGACUAUUUUUGUAACAAGAUGCAUAUUUUUGAAAUAAAACAAUGUAGUUAUUUGUAAAGCUAAAAUUUUGGCUCUUGCUUUUAUUUUAUUUGCCUAUCCCCAACAGAAAUCCCUCUCUUUGAAAUUGUAGCAUUCCAUAAAAACUUAUUUUCAUACUUAUCUUUAAAUUCAGUCUCAGUACUAGAACAAUAUACUGAAUUAUUUUCUGCUAAAAGUUUAAUACAUUUAUUGUACCUCCCUUAAACUGAUGAAUAUGGGUAACCUGUUUGAAUGAAUUAGACACACAGAAUUAUGAAAAAAUUUCAAAUGUUUAUUAUUGUGAACUACAAAUUACUAUGACAAAAUUAUUCUUGAAAAUAACAUACUGUAGAUUGUAAUCAUAUAUAUUCUUUCUAGCGUAAACAGAAAAAGAAGUAGUGAAAUUAAGGAUAAAGUAUUUCUUGAAGAAAAAACUGCCCUAUAAUUGCAACUUAUAUCCAGAUGAAACCAUAUGCUAGUUACAGUGUAGUUUCGAAGUAAAAUAGAUCACUAUUUUUAAAAUUUAUCAAACACUAAACUAUCAGAAGUAAAUUCCAUUUAAGCAUACAAAUGGUUAAGAGAUACUAGAGUUACAUUAGCAGUUCUAAUUUUAAUAAUUAGUCUAACUGCAUGGAAUAGUACUUUAGAUGUACUAAAUGAAAGCAAAUAUCCAUUGGAUGAAACAGUGAUGCUGUGUGCUCUUGCCUGAAAAGAUCGUCCUGUGUAGUAUGUGUGUACAUAUGCACAAUGCAGCAUUCUGUUCUUUAUUUAUCUUUAAAGUAAUUUCUUCCUGUUUUGUUCUAUUCCAUGAUCAAAAUGGAAAAAUAUGUAUGCAAAUUUUUUAUAAAUGGCAUAAUAUUUGUCAGAUCUUAAUUUUAUAACUUGUAGAAAAAGGUAAAUGAAGUAUUGUCAUAUUUUGUUAAGUACUGACAUAGAGAAAAUAUGUUAAUUGUAUUAUAAGUAUGCAAGGGUAUUUAGAAUUUAUUCAGAAACGUGGUUAACUGUACAUGUAUUUUGCACUUUAUUGUGUAGAUACUGUAAUAUAAAAAUGUAUAAAAUUAAAUAAAAUGGAAACUUUUAUUAUAACUAUAUAAAUAAAAUAGCUAUUUUGUCUUGAAUAAAUUAUCUUAAUAGAAAACAUUUUAUUAAUUCUUUUGUACUUUUUCUUUGACAAAUACUCUUGUAAAUUACAAAUCUAAAUAUAUGUCGCAUGAAAUAAAAUAUGAAUCAAUGACAAAA